AUGUGGCAAGGUGGCCGCGUGGAGAAGGCCGAGGCUCUCCUCGACUACCUCCUGAAUGCGAUGCACUCCCCCUUGGGCGCCGUGGCGCCCUCCCCCGACAGCGAGGUGGCGACCGUUGACCCGGGCGAGGCCCCCUUCGCCAAGUCCGAGUGCCACUUCGACCCCCUGGGCUUCUUGGGCCCUUUCGUUGCCGCCGCCUUCUUGGAGCCGCGGCCGGCCCGUCAGGCCGGCAAGCCCGGCGACCUCUUGCAGCACCUGAAGCAGUGGGGUGACGUGGGGCGCCUGGAGUUGGUCGCCGCGGCCGAGUCCCCGCCGGCCUUGCGGGGCACCCUCUUCCCCGUGUUCAAGGACUCGAACACUCAGAGGGUCGUCUUCAACCGGAUCGCCCGAAACGCGGCCGAGCUUCCACUGUGCGGCUUCUCCAAACUGACUCCGAGCGCUGCCGUGCUGGUGGACCUGGAGGUGCCCGCCUGUCAUGUCCUGCGCGCGUGGACCGACGACCUUCAGGCUCUACGGGGCUUCGCGGCGCUGGACAGGUUGUGGAGCCGUUGCCGACGCGAGGCCCGCGAGCUCCCUGAGAAGAGCGGCGGGUGCUCAACCGCCGCCACGCCCCCGAUGGGGGCUGCCUGGGGGGGCGUUGUGCUGGGCGACCACUUCGGCUUGGCCGUCGACGCGCCUGGCUCGCGGGCAGCUCGACGCGCGAUCGAGCAGUCCUUCGCCCGCGCGCGCGAGGCCCAUGCUGACGCCGGCCUCAAGGUCAGCGCGAGCAAGGAGGUAAAGGGCGCAGCGGAGGCGACGGUCAUCGGGGCGGAGCUCCUCGGUCACGACCAGCUCGUCGGCGCCUCCCGCACUCGCAGGCUGGCGCUGGCCUGGGUGGGCCUUUCCCUGGCCCGAGGCCAGCGCUCCACUGCGCUGGGCCUGCAGAGGUUCCUCGGCAUGGGCCUCUCCGCCGCUCUGUUUCGGAGGCCCACUCUGUCGCUCCUCCACCACUGCUACAAAGAGGUCGACGCGGGUUGCGACCCGCGCGAGGUGAUCGAGCUGAGCGGCGCUGCCUGCAACGAGAGCGCCCUGUUCGCGGUCCUGCUCCCGCUGAUGACCGCGGCCCUUUCCGCUGGGUGGGGCCCCCGCGUGCUGGCCUCAGAUGCCUCGCGCAUGGCUGGGGCGUCUGUCAAGACGCCCGCCCAGGCGCCCGUCGCCUGCGCCUUCUGGCGGCAGCGCGAGCAGCGAGGCGCUCGUACGUGGCUCUACCCUCAUGGCUGGGCGGCCCUGGCGAACCCUGCGGACGGCGGCCUCUUGCGGGAUCUGGAGGAGGAGGCCGCCCCGCCCCCUGGCGUCGUCGUCGACCCGACGGCCUCGCUCAUCGAGUACUUCGACGUGCUGGAGCCCUGCCUGGUCAACUCGCGCCUGGCAGAGUGGAUCAUAUGGCUGAUCUGGCAGAGGCGCGUGAAGAUGACCAUCUCGCAAGUGCCGUGCAUCGGCUUCUCCAUUGCGAGGCACCCUUGGCUCCGCUCCAGGUCGCGGCCCUGGGGUUUCGACCCAUCUUGCAGCCCCGCGCGGCUGGGCGACGUCCUUUUCAGGCUGGGGAUGCUGGCUCUACUUGCGCACCUUCUCUCGGGCUGCGGCCCCGGGCUGCAUGGGCACCCGUUGACGGCCUACUCCCGGCACGCGAGCAUUGUCCAGUUCUUGUUGUCUCACGACGCCGUGGAGCGGAUCGGUUCGGCGCGCCCUGGAAGAAGGGCGCCGGCCUCCUCGCUGCGCGAGGCGGAAGGAGGGGCGCCCCCGGGAGCUAUCGAGGCCCUCCGGCUCAACGACUACGUCAGCUUCGCCCCGCAGCUGCACCGCCGCCGCCGCUUCUCCAAGCCCCUCUACAUCAACCUGCUGGAGGUCGAUGCGGCUUGCGAUGCGGUGGACGAGCAGGGCCUUCGAUUCCCUGAUUGCAAGCGCAACUUUGUCCUGGACUCCGGCGUGUCGAUCGGGGCCAUCAGCAAGGGCCGCUCCGCCUCGACCGCGAGCAACAAGCUCUUGAGAAGGCGGGCCCCCUUGCAGCUGGCUGCGGGCACGUAUGUCGGGUGCCGCAUCUCGCCGACGCGCCUGCAGCCGGCUGCGACGCCCCGUCGCGCGCGCUCC